CCUUCCUUAUUAUCCUUCGUUACUCUUGUCUAAAAGACUGACCGUUUCUUCUUUAUCUCUCUUUAAUUAAAAUACAGUAAUUAAUUCUUCUUUGAAAAUCCUCUUUUUAGAGGAACCAAAAUUUUUUCACUUUUCUGUAUAGCUCGCUCAAAAACAGGCGUUUUUUUCUUUUCAAUUAUAUUUUAUAAUAUUAUCAAGGUAGAAAGAAGAUGAAUCACUGUGCAAUUCAACAAGGUGCUUUUGCUGCUUGUGAAGAUAGGCGGAGUUCAAUUUCUGAUAAUAAAAAGGAUGCUCUUGUUUGCCCUAAGCCUCGACGUCUCGGCCUUUUAAACGCUACCAUAAACGAACCUAUUCGACCUCUCAGAUGGCAUGUUAGCCAUCAACAAGAGCUAUGUGAUUCAAGAGCUGGUGCUGAUCUAUUGGAUAUCAUCCUCGCAAAGGGUGGUGGUGGUGCGGAUCAAUCAUCUGCUGCACAGGUAGCCUCGUCGCCCCCAUUUUUUUGUGGGUCACCGCCGAGCAGAGUAUCUAACCCAUUAAUUCAAGAUGCACGAUUUGGGGAUGAGAAGGUCACCCCAGUUUCACCACGGGCAAUUCCUAUACCGUCCGGAAUGGCUUCGUCCCCAUCUGCAUCCGCCAGGAAAGGCGGAUGCGUGAGGGCGAAUUUUGGCAACAAUCCGGCUGUUAGAGUUGAGGGCUUUGAUUGCCUCGACAGGGAUCGUCGUAACUGCAGCAUCCCUGCCCUGGCUUAAUCGAACCCUUGAAGUCCAUUUUCAACACUCAAGAGAAAAGUAAAUAUAGAGGUAAUUUGAAGUUGUUACACGAAGGAGAGUAAUCAAAUCAACCUUUGGUUUUAGCAGCAGCAGGAGGAAAAAAACAGGAAUUUUGAACAUUUUCAUCAACAACCUGAGGAAAUGAGAAAACACCCUUUUACCUAAUGUAAAUAUGUUUAAAGGGUCUGUAAUUAGUAGUAGUACUACGGUGUGUCUUGGUGUCUUAAGUAAAAUGAGAGUUGUGUUGUUAUUAACCCAAGUAAGUAAAUAAUUAUGAGAUAAAAUUAGGUGGGUCAUGAGGGAAAAAGCCCUCUUGAAAUGGUGGUUGUAAGUAAGUAUGAAGUUUAGACUUGGUGGAGGAAAUUUUUAGGAUUUGUGUCCAUUUUGGGGUGGUUAAGAAAUGUCAAUAUGGGCAGCUAUGACGAAGAGAUUUUGUCUUAGAAAAAGGAAAAAACCUUUAGUUGUUGAGUGGAGUCAUCGUUGUAGUCGAUUCACUUUUGUAAAUAUAUGAAAUAUAAAUAUCCUUUUUACGGCUA